AUUGAUUGAUAUAAUUAUUCUCUAAGAGAGACAGCAAGGGUCUCCCUGUCGGUGAACGAUUUUCUGUUUCUGUCUGUUAGAGUAUCACGAUCAUUGGUAAAAAAAGAAAAGUCUUGGAUAAAAGAAGUAAAGACAAAAAAACAAGCCAAAUGUCGGGACAACAGAUCACAACAGGAAGAGGAGGAGGAAAACUAUCCAAAGUCCUCAUCGUUGGCGCCGGUCCAUCCGGUCUCUUACUCUCCAUCCUCCUCGCCAGACAAGGAAUCUCCACCACACUCCUCGAACAAACCUCCCAACUCGACGAACAACCUCGCGCAGCACACUAUGCACCCCCUGCGAUCCAGAUCCUCCGCAAAGCCGGCGUUCUCGACGACGUCGCGGCUCGCGGCUUCAAACCCUCCACGGCCUGCUGGCGCAAAGUAGACGGGAGUGUGAUCGCCAAGAUGACUUUUCCCGAUAACCCGGACGCGAUGGUCGUGUUGCCGCUGAACAGAUUGGGAAAAGUCCUCUAUGCACAUGUGCAGAAGUAUGACCCGAUCGCGAAGGUGAAUUGGUCGCAUCGAGUUGUGGAUAUCGGACAGGAUGAGAAGAAGGCGUGGGCGAAAGUCGAGACGCCCGAGGGUGUGAAGAUGUUCGAGGCGGAUUAUGUUGUCGGGUGUGAUGGUGGGAAUAGUAAGAUCCGGAGAGCGUUGUUUGGGGAGAUGAAUUUUCCCGGGGAGACGUUGGAUGCGCAGAUUAUCGCGACGAAUGUAUAUUACGACUUCACGAAAUUCGGCUACCUCGACACAAACUAUAUCGUCGACCCGGACAACUGGCACAUGGUUGCGAAAAUCGCCAACGACGGGUUAUAUCGUGUCUCAUACUGCGAUAAGCCCGGUCUGACUCCGGAAGAAUACAAGAAGAGACAGCCGAUGCGGUUCCAGGAAUUCCUACCUGGAAGCCCCAAGCCGGGGGAGUAUAGAAUCACGAAUAUCAGCCCGUAUAAGCUGCAGCAGCGAUGCGCGCCAAAGUUUCGCGUGGGGAGGUUCAUCCUGGCGGCUGAUGCGGCGCAUUUGUGUAAUCCAUUCGGCGGCCUUGGCCUCACGGGGGGUAUCGCCGACGUAGGCAGCCUCUACGACUGUCUGGUCGGAAUCCACAAGGGUCUCGCAGACGAUUCCAUCCUCGAUAAGUACGCCGAGAUCCGUCGCAAGAUCUAUACAGAAGUGAUUGAUCCAUCGUCGCGGGAGAACUUCUACCGUCUGAGCAAGAAUGACCCUGAAAAUGCGGGCAGACGGAUCCGUUGCUGGUGGAGUGUCAGAAGGCGGAAAAAGAUCCGCAGCUCGCGUUGGAAAUGUCAAUGGUAAGAAAAUUCCCUCUCUUUGUUUUUAAAAAAAAGAAUUCUGCGGCCUAUAUUGUUCGAAGAGAUGAAUCUGACCUCGUUGGAUGAGCAGUUCUUGAAUGUUCUCCUGCAUGACUUCACACAGUA